UACUUGUAAACAAAAUUGUGAGAGUAUGAGGUAUUGCUUGCUUAGCCUCACCCCAUCCUUCAUUUACAUUUAUCUCUAAUCCACCAAAACACACUCAUUCCAGAACUCAAUAACCGCAUAUUUACGUACUUAAAAACACAUAAAUGCCCACAAUACGCGCACGCACACAUGCAAAUACAUAUAUAUACAUUCACGCAGUGCACAGAUCCGUAUCACACUCCGCCACAUUUGAACAAAUAUACCUCAAUUUUCUAAAGUAACCUGCACGGUGUUUGCUAAUUUUAUUUCAAGUUAUAUUCUCAAUUUCUAGAGGAAAUUCAGCUACCCACAAAAAGAGUGCCUUAUAUUUUGCAGCAGAAACUUCUCAGCCAACAGUACAGGUAGAGAUUGAUGCGAUUGAGGUGGUGGAUGAGAGGAAAAAACAAACACAGGCUAUUCAUAAUACUGCACAUUUCAUGUACUGCGAUCGGCUUAGAGUAGAAUAAGAGAAAAUGGGGUUCUUGUCCCUGUUGAAGGUGGCGUCCAUGCCUAUACUGCAGAUGCUCAUAAUAAGCAUAUUAGGGGCUUUCAUGGCAACUGAUUAUAUCAAGCUUCUCCCGUCCGAUGCCAGGAGAUCUUUGAACAAAAUUGUGUUCGCGGUAUUCACUCCAGCACUAGCGUUUACAAGCCUGGCAAAGACUGUCCGCCUCCAAGACAUCAUCUCCUGGUGGUUCAUGCCUAUUAACAUUGGGAUAACUUUUUUGGUUGGAGGAAUUCUUGGAUGGAUAUCAGUUCAAAUCAUUAAACCAGAACCACAUAUACGAGCUCUUGUCAUUGCCAUGUGUUCAUCAGGAAACUUGGGCAACAUUCUAUUGAUUCUCAUCCCUGCAAUCUGCAAGGAGAAUGGCAGUCCAUUUGGAGAUAAGUAUGUUUGCGCCAGCGUUGGACUUUCAUAUGUUUCUUUCUCCAUGGCGCUUGGUGCGUUCUUCAUCUGGACACAUACGUUUCAUUUAAUACGAAGCGUUAGCGAAAAAUAUAGAGCAUCGGUUGCAGCUCAGGAGUCCAUAAAGCAGCCUAACAAAGACUUAGAGGCGAACGAGAAGUCUCUCCUUCUCAAUGGAGCAGAACAUGCCCAUAUACCCUCUACUCAAGAUUGCACAAACCAACAAAUAAAGAUAGAGCAGAAGCACAAUAGAACUUCAUGGGAUCAGAUAAUGGGAAUUCUACAUCAACUACGAGAGGAGCUAUUGGCACCUCCAAUCCUUGCUGCGAUUGUUGGGCUUAUCUUUGGAGCAGUUACAUGGCUUCGAAACCUUAUUGUCGGUGAAAGCGCGCCACUUAGAGUGAUUAACGACUCCAUUAAAUUACUUGGUGACGGAACUAUUCCUUGCAUCACUCUCAUACUAGGUGGCAACUUAACACAAGGGCUACGUAAGGCGAAAUUGAAAUCAGUAAUUGUGAUUGCGGUGAUCUGUGUGAGAUACAUAAUGCUUCCUGCUGUUGGGAUUUUUGUUGUAAAAGCAGCUUCACACUUAGGAUUUCUUCCUUCUGAUCCCCUCUACCACUUUAUGCUCAUGAUUCAGUUCACUGUUCCACCGGCUAUGAAUAUCGGUACCAUGACACAACUCUUUGAUGUGGCACAAGAAGAGGGUUCAGUCCUGUUCUUUUGGACUUACCUGGUUGCAACCAUUGCUCUCACUACCUGGUCCACUGUCUUCAUGUGGAUCUUGUCCUAGACAAAGCUACAAUGUAUAGGAUACCAGCUGUUUUAAAUCUUGUUUUGUCAUUAGCUCGAGUAUAUAUACAUAGUGUUCAUCUUUUUGGUUCAUGCGUAGAUUGUCACACGUACACUCUAUUUCCAGAGACAGUGCUAUCUUUGGGACAGUGUAGCAGGAUGUGUACUAGUGUAAAUAAAGUGCGUGUAUUUGUGUAAAUAUAUAUACUUAUUAGUUUA